AUUAAGAAUAAUGACUGACUCAAUCCAUUUUCCACCUGCUUCGAAGCAUUCUAAAUUAUCUGCGUGUCCUACGACCAAAGUACCCCAAGGCACAGAUUGGAUUUAUCAAGACUUUUUCAACCAGAUGCUUCAUGAUAAUUCCAUUCAACAUGUAUAUCCAACAGGCACUACGUUUUCGGAAGGAUUAAAUACGGUUGCUAGGAAAAGCAGUUUCGAGUGGGAUGGCCAUAUUGAUUAUUCUUUUUGUGCUACUCAUGAUGAGGAAAGCUCUUUACCCGAUCUAGACAACAGCGAUGAAGAAGAUCCUAUUGGUACAAGCUCAGAGUUUUCAGAAAUGUUUGACGUAGCUCCAGUAUUAAUUGAAUCAUCAUGUACAACAUCAACGGAAUACCCUUUAUCAUUCCGGGAAAACAGUGACACCAUUAUCACGCAAGCCUUAAAAAAGAGAAAGUCUACCUCUUCAUUCCGUUCUUUAAAAUCCUUUAUCAGUGUCUUUAGUACAAGCAAAAAGUUAAAAUUAGAUGCUUCGCCCACUAGAUUGUUUCAAUUCUUUAAACGCCGUUAAAACCUCCCUACUUUUCAUCUGUGUAAAUAGUAUAUAAUAAUGCGUUUCUGUUGAUCAGAGACUUAUUCUCCCCCCAGCCCCCUUUUAAUAACUAUAAUAAAACCGAUAUAAAUAAAUAUAAAUACAAA